AUGUCAGAGGUCAAAUCUACUCCUACCUUCCAAAAAGAAAAGACUUUUCUCUCGUACAAUCACGAGCAAGGAAAGGCUUAUGCCCAGGUCCGUCGCGACUAUCACCCAAAUGUCUACCAAACCGUUCUAGACUAUCACACUUCAACUGGAGGGCAGCUCGACACCCUCGUUGACGUUGGUUGCGGCCCUGGAAAUGCCACUCGACAGCUUGGUAUGCAUUUCAAUCAUGCUGUCGGCCUAGAUCCUUCUCAAGGGAUGAUAUCGAUGGCUCGCUCACUUGGAGGAUCCACAUCGACCUCUGAGGCGGUCCGAUUUGAGAUCUCCGACGCACAAGAACUAGGGGCGAACAUUUCGCCACCUAUCCAGGAUUCAAGCGUCGACCUCAUCAUUGCCGCUACAGCUGCACACUGGUUUGACAUGUCGGGGUUUUGGCCUAGGGCCGCGCGUGUGCUUAAGCCUGGUGGCAGUGUAGCAAUAUGGACUACCGGCGAGCCUCGGACUGAUCCCAACCUACCCAACGCUAUCGCCAUCCAGGCUGCCGUUGAAGAGCACGAAGAACGCAAUUUGAGACCCUAUUUCGAACCAGGAAACUUGCUUAAUCGGAAUCGCUAUCGUGAUUUGUUGCUUCCCUGGACUUUGCCACAACCCGUUCCAGAGUUUGAUGAGAGCGCUUUCAUACGGAAAGAAUGGGAUUAUGGAGACCAAUUCAUUGUUGGCGAGCCGGAGGUAGAUUUGGACACCUUUGAGAAGGUUUGGGCAAGUGCUAGCGCACAAACACGUUGGUACCAGGCACAUCCCGAUGAUGUAGGCACUGAGCGUGAUCCUGUUAAGAUGCUGAGGCGCAAGCUUGAAGCGCUAUUGCACGACGCCGGUGUAGAGAAAGGAAAGGAAUGGCUCCGAGGCGCAGUCGGGGGGACUUUGCUGGUGGUGAAGAAGAAGACAGCAUGA